AUGGCAGAUGCCAUAUUUGGGCCGCUGUUGAGCAAGCUGCAGGCGGUAGCGGUGACGGAAGCGAAGGCCCUAGCAGCAGUCGGCAAUGAGAUUGACCGCCUCCACGACAAGCUCAUGUGGCUGCAUGCACUGGUGCAUGAGACUGACCUACGCAGCGGGUCAGAUGGCAACCAGCAAAUCCGCGUGCUUGCAUGCCAGGUGCGCGAGGUUGCCUUCGCAGCCGAGGACGCCAUCGACCAUUUCUUCCUGGAGGCCGACCUCUCCCGCUUCAGCGUCGAAUGGUGGCGGGUGACUGCCAUUUUCUUUUCUAACUUCAGCACACAGAUCAGCGUCCGGUACAUCCUCUCCCGGAAGAUCAAGUCCAUGAAUGUCCGGCUAGAGGAUAUUGUCGACAACAAUGCCAAAUAUCGCAGCGACAAUGGAACUACAAACGCGAUCACAUGGAGGGCGUCGCGUGCCAUCCCUCCGGUCCGCCAAAACUGGGACGACACAGACUUGGAGGAGAACCAACAGGGUGUGGCAAUACACAAGGAAGAUGAAGAGGAAUUUAAUAAGCUCCUCCUUGAUGAAAAUGGAAGCCAUGUGAUUUAUGUGGUUGGAGAGGGUGGCAUUGGAAAAAGGUCUCUGGUAAAGAGAGCAUGUGAAAAUGAAACCAUUAAGGAAAAAUUUGAGGUGCGUACGUUGGCGAGCUUUUCACCAGACACCAGCAACAUCAUUGAUCAAAUAGAAAGAAAGCUGGAAGCUGAGUUCUCCAAACCACCUAGUGGGAAGAAUGUUGACCAAGUUAAGUACUUGAUUGUGGUAGAUUGCCCAAUGAGCAGCACCAUUCUCAGUGCACAGAAUUGGCUGAAGGCCCGCAGAGAAGGUAGCAAGAUUGUGCUGAUAGCGACCUCUAGUCCCUGUGCUGCAGACAUGGAUGUUGGCAUUAUCGAGCUUGGUUGUCUGCUCAAAGAUAAGAGCAAGAUAUUAUUCCACGGGAGUUUGGGCCUCCGGGGGCGCAAGCAAAGUGCUUACAAGACAACUAUGGAGAAUAAGAUCCGUAAUUCCAUUGAAGAUUUCACAAAGGGACUACCCCUGGCGGUGGUUCUUCUUGCCAAACUCAUGAGGACAAUGGACUAUAGCAAGUGGGAGGCAGCAUCCAAGUACCUCGAGGAUAACAACCAAGACGACCUGCUCAUGACGAUAGUGUCCCUGAGCAUUGAUGACCUCCCCAACGAACACAGGUCGUGCUUGCACUACACGGCAGGUUUUCCGGAGCGCAGCAUGAUCGACGCUGGGCAACUGGUGCGUCUCUGGGUGGCGGAGGGCUUCCUAAGUCAGCAGCCUGGGGUGGGACAGGAGGAGCUGGGUCAGUGCUACCUCAAGGAGUUUAUCUUCCGAGGCCUUUUGCAGCUGGUGAAGAGGAAAGGGGACGUCGUGGAAUCAGUUAGCAUCCAUGACCUAGUCCAUCCUAUUUUCAGGUUCGAGGCGCAACGUAUUGGCCUCAUGGAAACCCACUAUGGUGGUGGGUACCCUCCUGUCAGAGUCAGCGCGAGGCGCCUAGCUCUCAACAACUGCAAAAUGCCGGACAAAAAAAAGGUGCUUUGGAAGGUGCGAACCGUGCUGUCCCAUGACGCACAAGGUAUUAUGGGAGGUGCCAAGCUGCCUAGUCGAGCUCAUGAUGCAAAGCUCAUGGAAGGGUCACAAGAAUGCAAGGACGGCUCCAACCAUCUGAUCAAGGAAUCCACCUCCAAUGGUGCACAAGCAGGGCCACAGGAUUUCAAGGAUGGCUUCAGGAAGCUGCUCAAGGAAUCCACAUUCCUCCGCGUCAUCAGCCUGGAGGGCAUCAACAUUGGCGAGAAGCUGCCAAAUCGAAUCGGGGACAUGCUGCACCUACAGUACCUCAGUGUCCGGUGUUCGAACUUGACAACGGUGCCAGACACCAUCGGCAAACUCAAGAAGCUCCAGACAAUGGAUGUGCGAGGGACGCAGGUGAAAACUUUGCCCGUGUCCUUCUGGAAAAUCAAAACGCUGCGCCAUGUUCUAGGCAAGCACGACCUCCAGUUCCGUGGGUUUUGUCAAGCAUCUGAAGAUGCUGUGGACCAUGGGUUAAGCGUGCAUCUGACAAUUAAAGAGCAUGUUGAUAACAUGCACAUCUCCCAUAGGAUCUUGUGGGACGUGUCGUCAGUUGGCUAG